CCCUUGGUUUCCAACAUUGAACAACAUCAAACUUUGCUUUCUUCAAAGAGGUUUUCCCAAUAGAACUUGAAUAGAAAGUGAGACGACAUUGUUCCAAGUUCUGUCAAAAAUGGCAGGAACAGGCUUUCUGGGGAUUGUUCUGUUGGGUCUUUUAGCAAUCAUAGGGUCCACUCAUGCUCAGUUGCAGAUGGAUUUUUAUGCUAAGAGCUGUCCUAAAGCUGAGAAGAUUGUGAAAGACUAUGUUAACAAGCACAUCCCUAAUGCCCCAUCACUGGCCGCCAGCUUCAUUAGAAUGCACUUCCACGAUUGUUUUGUCAGGGGUUGUGAUGCAUCUCUGCUUCUAAACGCAACCUCCGGCCAAUCGCCAGAAAAGAAUGCUGUCCCAAAUCAAACACUCAGAGGCUUUGAUUUCAUUGAUAGAGUGAAGAGCCUCCUUGAAGCUGAAUGCCCCGGAGUUGUCUCUUGUGCAGAUAUCCUUACUUUGAUUGCAAGGGACUCUGUCGUAGUCAUUGGAGGUCCAUUUUGGAAUGUUCCAACGGGACGACGAGACGGGGUGAUCUCAAAUGUAUCGGAAGCAAAUGCCAACAUUCCAUCACCAUUCAGCAACUUCACUACUCUCCUAAGACUUUUCAAUAACCAAGGACUUGAUUCAAAAGACUUGGUUCUGCUAUCUGGUGCUCACACCAUCGGGCUAUCUCAUUGCCCAUCAUUUUCACGCCGACUGUACAACUCCAGCGGCCCUGGCGGUGUUGACCCGACCCUUGACAGUGAAUACGCUUCUAAUCUCAAGGCAAACAAGUGUAGAAAUCCCAAUGACAACACCACAAAAGUUGAGAUGGACCCUGGAAGCCGUAACACCUUCGAUCUUAGCUACUACACUCUCCUAACCAAGAGAAGGGGUCUUUUCAAUUCCGAUGCUGCCUUGACUACAAACUCAACUAGUUUGGCUCUCAUCAACCAACUCCUUUCUAAUCCCCUCAAAUUUUUCUAUGCUGAGUUUGCCAAGUCUAUGGAGAAAAUGGGUCGGAUCAAUGUUAAGACAGGAUCAGAAGGUGAGAUUAGGAAGCAAUGUGCAUUUGUCAACAGUUAGGACCUUGCUUUUUCUUUCCUUAUCUUUGUUUUAACAUUUUAUUAUUCGUAGGCCUGGGUUAACGGAAUAAGCAGCUGAAGAAAAUAACUUUUUGGUUCCUUCAGCUGUAAGUGUGGGUACUGUGGUUUGGCACUUUUUGUUGUGUAUGUAGUCAAUGUCGUGUGGUGAAUAAUUGAGCUCACUGGUUAUUUUCCUUCUUUUUGGGUAAUUGAGCUCAAUAUAUUCCUAUCUUCAUGUAAUAGGCUGGAGUGUCGAAUAUAAUUUAUUAACUGUAAUGUUCUCUUUCCUGUU